AUGCACGGACAUGAGAGGGCAGCACUGCGCACGGAAAAGGAGCUCCGGCACCAGGCGAAGAACGAGGUGGACUAUCCUCCCGAGAUACUUGAUGCCUGGCGCGGAGAACAGCAGAGGCUCAAGUCUCUUCUCAUAGACCACGAUGACGCGGAUUGGGCCUAUCCCCUGCUGCGGCCGGCUGCCGCUCCGUUGCCUCCGGUCGUGACGCCAGCCCCAAGUGCGCCAAAGGGCCAGCCUUCGCGUCCGUCGUGGAGCCAGGUGCUGGCACCUUCGUCUGCAAGCGCGCCCACCGUUGCUGCGCCUCCGCGCGUGGUCGAAGUGGUGAAGGAGAAACAGCCGCUAACCCUCGUAGGCGGAGUCGAUCUGUCCUUCUUCCGCGACGACAAGCGCACGGCCAUCGCCGCCCUCGUCGUCUGCUCCUUCCCGCAGCUGGAGGUGGUGUAUGAGAUCUACAAGGUGGUCGAACUCACGGCACCCUACAUUCCCGGA